CCGCGCAGCUCCCGGACUCGGCGCCAAGCAUGGCUUUCCUGCUGGCGUUGGUGUUCGUGUCCUCCCUCUACCUGCAGGCGGCCGCCGAGUUCGACGGGAGGUGGCCCAGGCAAAUAGUGUCAUCCAUUGGCCUGUGCCGUUAUGGAGGAAGGAUCGAUUGCUGCUGGGGCUGGGCUCGCCAGUCUUGGGGACAGUGUCAGCCUUUCUACGUCUUAAGGCAGAGACUAGCCAGGAUAAGGUGCCAACUCAAAGCUGUGUGCCAACCCCAGUGCAAACAUGGCGAUUGUGUGGGGCCGAACAAGUGCAAGUGCCAUCCUGGAUACUCCGGGAAAACCUGCAAUCAAGACGAACACCUCCGCCCAACUCCUCUUGACCAAGGCAGUGAACAGCCUCUUUUCCAACCCUUGGAUCAUCAAGCCACAAGUUUACCUUCAAGGGAUCUAAACGAGUGUGGCCUGAAGCCACGGCCCUGUAAGCACAGGUGCAUGAACACUUACGGCAGCUACAAGUGCUACUGUCUCAACGGCUAUAUGCUCAUGCCGGAUGGGUCCUGCUCAAGUGCCCUGACGUGCUCCCUGGCAAACUGCCAAUACGGCUGUGAUGUGGUCAAAGGACAGGUCCGGUGCCAGUGCCCCUCUCCUGGCCUGCAGUUGGCUCCUGAUGGGAGGACCUGUGUGGAUAUUGAUGAAUGUGCAACUGGAAGAGCCUCCUGUCCUAGAUUCAGGCAGUGCGUCAACACUUUCGGGAGCUACAUCUGCAAGUGUCAUCAAGGCUUUGACCUCAUGUACAUUGGAGGCCGAUACCAAUGUCACGACAUCGACGAAUGCGCUCUGGGUCAAUAUCAGUGCAGCAGCUUUGCUCGAUGUUACAACGUCCACGGGUCCUACAGAUGUAAAUGUCACCAGGGAUACGAGGGCGAUGGACUGAGUUGUGUGUAUAUUCCAAAAGUCAUGAUUGAUCCUUCAGGUCCAAUUCAUGUUCCAAAGGAAAAUCAUACUAAUGUAAAGGGUGAUGGAGGACACCAUAAUUGGAUUCCUGAUGUCGGAAGUACUAGAUGGCCAUUGGAAACACCAUAUGUUCCUCCUGUCAUUACCAACAGGCCCACUUCUAAGCCAACAACAAGACCUGCACCAAAGCCAACACCACAGCCUACUCUACCCUUACCACCAUCAACAGAGUUCAGAACGCCUCCACCAACAACAACCUCAAGGCCAACUGCCCGACUGACAACCAUAGCAGCAGCGACCAGUACAUAUCCAAGAGUGAUUACAGUUGACAACAGGAUACAGACAGAUCCUCAGAAACCCAGAGGAGAUGUGUUCAUUCCACGACAGCCUUCAAAUGACUUGUUUGAAGUUUUUGAAAUAGAAAGAGGAAUCAGUGCAGAGGAUGAAGCCAAGGAUGAUCCAGGUGUUCUGAUCCACAGUUGUAACUUUGACCAUGGGCUCUGUGGAUGGAUCAGGGAGAAAGACAAUGACUUACACUGGGAACCAAUCAGGGACCCAGCAGGUGGACAAUAUCUGACCAUCUCAGCAGCCAAAGGCCCAGGGGGAAAGGCUGCGCGCUUGGUCCUACCUCUCGGCCACCUCAUGCAUUCAGGGGACCUGUGCCUGUCGUUCAGGCACAAGGUGACCGGGCUGCACUCCGGCGCACUCCAAGUGUUUGUGAGGAAGCACGGUGCCCACGGAGCAGCCCUGUGGGGAAGAAAUGGUGGCCAUGGCUGGAGGCAUACCCAGAUCACCUUGCGAGGGGCUGACGUCAAGAGUGUCAUCUUCAAAGGUGAAAAAAGGCGUGGUCACACGGGGGAGAUUGGAUUGGACGAUGUGAGCUUGAAAAAAGGCCGCUGCUCUGAAGAACCCUAGCAACUCCAGAAGUAGCACUGGCGUCCUGUGUUGCUCUCGCUUCUCUGCCCCAUCCUCACCUCCUCUCCUCCCUCGUGUCAGGCCUAGGAGAAGAGUGGGUCCGGGGAAAGGCUGGUCGAUGACCCACCUCUUGCUGCCUGUUGUUGUGCAAUUCCAGUGAACAGUGAAGCCCUCCUUGAAUGUAAGGGGUAGCUACACACAUCCCAGUCAUUGUUGUGUGACCUUCCGUCCUGUCGCUUCUAGGAAGGCCUUCGCAUGUGUGACCCACACCACCCUUCAUGAAAAGGUUAAAAGGUGCUCCUUGUAACACGUUAUGAGAGAAGUUUUCAAAAGAAAGCUUCUGUGCUAAUGGCCAUCUUGCUGUGUGUUCAGUGUUGUACCAUGAGUAGUAUUGAUGACUCCUCUUAAGAUGCGCUGUACACUGUGCUUGGGAAAUGGGUUUAUCCUCCUCAUUUAAGUGAGUUCUGGCUUGGACCUGAACUCUUGACUUUUGCUGCCACCUACUUGAUACAAGAAGGGUGUGUAACAUACCAAGAUGCAUUUAUUCUGACCUUGUUAUCUGUAUUUUAUUUUAAAGACAAUUACGCAGAGUGGGCACGGAAUCCUCGUUAGUCGUAGUGUGUUUUGUGUAAAUGUGCUAUCAAUAUUUAGUACUUACAUGAUCCUGAUAUUUACCGACUCUAGUUGCAAGGUAGAAGGCAGCUUGUGAUCUCUCGAGUGAACAAAGGACACAUGGUGUAAAGCCAUCCAGUUUCAGGACCUUACAUCGGCAGCAAAUGAACAUUGGAAGAAGUGUCCGAUGGCUGUAGUGAAGUGAUGACGUUUUCAUUUUUAACGAUACAGAGUUUGAUCUCUACAAAGGAUAGCAAACCAUUCAGGUCGACAAGAAAUGAGAGCGAACACAUACAACCCUCCUGUUUUAGGUUACAAUUUCAAAACAGCAGCUUUUAUCAUCGUGACAUGGCUCUCUGACAAUAUGUAAGAAGCUUGGUAAACUUUCUGGAUUUACGGAAGUGCUUCGAUUCAUGCAUGGAAGCAGAGGGAAGGGAUGCUUCUUGGACAGAUUUCACGUUCAUUCUUAUUAAUAUAAAUUUAGGCAGGCCGAGUUCAUAACGUGUGUGCUAACACAUCAGGACGGGAUAGCAAGUAAACCUAUUCUUUCAGGCUUUGGAUGAUGGACUGAGAUUAACCAUAACGAGCAAGACAAGGUUGAAGUCUUAACUAAGGUCCAUGAACCCCCAACCGUACUUCCUCCCUGUAGAGUUUACUUUAUAAAACUACUUAUGUAUGCACAUGUAAGUGUAUCUGUACACUUACAUACAUAUAUAUAACUUCUGAAAAGCAAUUUACUCCUGAAGCUUUUUUAUCUUUCCAAUUCUGCUCAAGUAAUCAAACUAUUUUCUGCUGUUUUACCAGGACUCACAAAGAUGAUUAAAGGGUUGGAAAAAAAGAUCUGUGAUGAAAACUUAAAGGAACUAGGAUUAUUCAGCCUGGAGAAGAGAUGACUGAGGGGCAAACCAUUGGUGGUUUUCAAGUAUAUGAUGGGUUGGACCAGGGAGGAUGGCCACCAGCUGUUCUCCGUAAGCACUAAGAAUAGCAGGAGAGGAAACAGGCUUAGUCUGGAGCAUGAGGGAGCGUUUCCUGGCAGGGACCGUUGUUAAAGUAGAAUCCUUUAUCAAAAGGGUGAAUGUUUUUAUUGGAGGCUUCUAAAAAAUGAAAUAAAACCUUACGUAUUUAAGGUGGUUACAGAUAUUCUUACCUCAAAGUCAAAAUAAUGCAUUUCCCUCCAAAUAUUUUGAUCAUCAUAAUUCAUUGAAUAGGAAUGCAGAGGCACUCUAAGGACAAAGUACUUUAGACUAGGCCAGGAUCUAAUUUAGACAUUUCCUCAUUGAACUACUAGUGAGUCAUCGAGAAGGGCCACAAGGGGCCAACCAAGUGGCCAACCACUAAAAUAGGGCUCCCCUUAUGUUAACCCCACAGUGGUAAGCAAAAGGAGAAGAAAAAAGGAAAAGAAAGAAACUGUUGGUUUCCAAAGAGAUUAGCAUUGGUAUUUUAAUAUUUAGUAAUAUCUUAAAGUUGUGCUGCCUCUUAACAUGGUCAACAGAAGAAGAUUGGGAUUUUCAGAGACCUUGGUCCAGGGACGCAGUUCAGAGCUGUUGUGUUUUUUCCUGGGGCAUUUCUGUGCCACGUAUGCGAGAAAUUAACCUGACUACUGAAAUACUGCACUGCCUAAGGUUUCCCUGCACGAAAUCAGUGUAAUUCACUUUCACUUGAGAUUUGAAAUCUCUCAGCUCCCACGAAACCCUAGUCUGUGUAGGUGUGAGAGAGAACAAGUGAGAGAAGGCCUUUGUAAUUUAACUUGGCGGGGAGGGGUGGGUAGAUUAGAAGGGGAAUUUCAAUCAUUGAGCCUUUGAGCAGGGUCCAGAAAAUAGGGCCUUAGAUCCAUUUUUUUUAAUGAUAAAUUUCCUUUUUGGUCAUGUAACUGCACAGCUGAAGAAGAAAAGGGGAAAUAAUUAAAACUUUCACUUUUAGGUGCCAAUAAUACAUUGCACUAAGCUGAUGGAAGAAGUUAUCCAAAGUACUGUAUAACAUCAUCUUGUUUAUUAUUUAAUGUUUUAUAAAGUUACAACUGUUAGUGAUUUUCCAAAGCAGCCAAAUAAAAAUAAUUCUUUGUAAAUUAAAGACACUAUUAAUAAUGCCAA